AUGAAACAAACUUUACCAAACGAUUAUGGAGCACCUAUUGAAUAUUUCUUACGAGCUGCACAAUGGCAAAGAGCAGUCUCACCAAGGUUAGGUGUUCCACCAGCUCCUGUCAAAAAUAGCAUUUGGUCAAGUCCUUAUAUAAAAUAUGGUCUCCCACUAGGUUUGCUAGCUACAGCAGGAGCAGUUAUGAUGUUGAAAAGAAAUAAAGCAAAUGUUGUAAAUAAUACUGAAGUAGCUGAAGUUAAACAAACUCCAACACCUUCGCCAAAACCAACGUCAAAACCAACACCUUCACAAGCAAAACCUUCAAUGACUCCUGAACCUAUGGAAGUACAAACUCCUGUUCAAAAGUCAACUCCUAAACCGACUCCAACAUUUAAACCAGAACCUACUCCUCAAAUAAAUCGUAAAACUCCUGCGUUUCCUUACUGA